AUGACUCAGAAACUGCUUGAGAUUGAAGCAUAUGAAGCCAUGAACAAGAGGAGGGCGAUGAACAUAAGAGGCAUCUCUACAGUACUUCCAUCCGAGCUCGUGGCAUUCAAUGGAGUUGCUUUAGAUCCUGCUCCAGCAUUCAUAGAUGUGUAUUCCCAAGAAUCCCAACAGCAUUUAUCGGACAGUCAGGAUUUUCAGACUCUUCCUUCCUUUGCACGACACUGUCUAUGUAGCCAUGAAAUCGGUAGUUAUGGUUUUCCUGGGCAUUCUCAAAGUUAUCAACUCGGUGAUUAUGGUCUGGUUUUUCGAAUUCCUGUUCUUGAUCCACUUAUCGGCAGUUACUGUCCUAUUGUUAGAAAAGAUCAUAUCCACCAAAUGAAGAUCGACUGGGCUUCUAGAGGUGUUUAUAGGUCUCUUGUUGGUCUAGCUAUCCAUCACUGCGGCAAGGUGUCGGAGGUAUUCUCAGGAACUGUUGUACAUCCAGAUGGCAUAAUUGCAACUUCUGCUAAUUGCUUGAAACCUCUUGAAGGCACCGAAUUCGAGAUUAGUGUCAAGCUUUUGCACAGCGGAGGCACGUACAAGGGUGUCUUGUUGGAAGCUGAUUUUUGCUCUCAUAUAGCUUUUGUAAAGAUUAUACCCGGUCACCGACUAACCGCAGCAACUUUUGGAAAGUUGGAUUCCAUGCGAGACAAUUCGGUGGUGGCUGGUGGCUGUAUACUUCAGUAUUCUAGUUGGGACCAUGCAACGUCUGAUUAUAAUCUAGGUUAUCUCAGGUUGGAUGCUGGUGGUAGCAUUGACCAAGAGAUGGAAAACACUGAGUCUCGCAAUGAAAGAACAUCUGGGCAAUUGAUAAAAGCGGAAGUUCUGAAUGUUGCAAGAGCCUCUCUCUCUCUCUCUCUCUCUCUCUCUCUCAUUGGAUACAUUGAAAGAGUAUCCUCCAUGGUUGGUUAGAAUUGGUGUUUUGUCUCUAAUUUAAAUAAUUAGAGUUUUUAUGGAGAAAAGAACGUUGCAAUAAGAGGCUUGUGUUACUAUCUUUGGAAGAAAUUAAUUUAUGUUCAAGUCUUUGAAGACAUAUAAGUUCAUGAUUGGUGUUUGAUUGUUGGAAAUAAGCAAAAAUCUAUCAUAGAUAAAGUUUGAGCCCUAAUUGCGGGAAUCAGUUCUAUUGGUCCUAAUCCCCAUGCCGC